CAUCGACCAAGAAAAAUAAAAAAAAUAAUGUAUGAUGCUACUGAAAAUGAUGAUUUUGAUAGAGAAGAAAUUGCUACUUAUGAAGAAGUGGCUCGAUUAAACCCUAGGCCAGGUUUACACCGUCCCAUAAUUUUAAUAGGUCCACCUGGAGUAGGAAGAAAUGAACUCAAGAGAAGAUUAAUUGCGUCUGAUCCUGAUCAUUUUAGACAAACUAUACCGCGUAAGAAAGCUUGUCUUACUAUUUUACUUAGAUUAUGAUUUUUGAAAAUAAAAAAAAUCUUUAGG